AUGGCGGCCCAGGUCAUCUCCAACUCCGGUCACGAUGAUAUGAUUCACGAUGCCGUUCUCGAUUACUACGGACGAAAGCUGGCGACAUGCUCGAGUGACCGAACGAUUAAGAUUUUCGAGAUCGAAGGCGAGACGCAACGUCUGGUAGAGACUUUGAAAGGUCACGAAGGUGCUGUAUGGUGCGUUGCCUGGGCGCAUCCCAAGUACGGCAACAUCUUGGCAUCGGCUGGCUACGACGGCAAGGUUUUCAUCUGGAAGGAACAGGGUGCCCAGAACAGCCAAUGGCAGCGAAUCUACGACUUCCCCCUCCACAAGGCCUCGGUCAACAUUGUCUCCUGGUCUCCUCAUGAGGCGGGCUGCCUUCUCGCCUGUGCAUCUUCCGACGGCAACGUCAGCGUGCUCGAGUUCAAAGACAACAGCGUCGACCAUGUCACAUUCCCUGCCCACGGCCUCGGUGUCAACUCCGUUUCUUGGGCCCCUGCUACUACACCUGGCAGCAUCGUCAGCAGUGCUCCGGGCCCUGGAGCCACUGGCAACCGACGGUUCGUCACGGGCGGCUCCGAUAACCUGAUCAAGAUCUGGACAUUCGAUCCCGCUGCGCAGUCAUACAAGCAAGAAGGCGAAGCCCUGACGGGCCACUCCGACUGGGUGCGCGAUGUUGCCUGGUCUCCCACUGUCCUGCAAAAGUCGUACAUUGCAUCAGCCUCCCAAGAUAAGACGGUUCGCAUCUGGACCUCAGACCAUUCCAGCGGUGGUCAGUGGGCAAGCAAGGUGCUCAACUUUGAAGCCCCCGUUUGGCGUGUGAGCUGGUCCCUGAGCGGCAACGUCCUGGCGGUUAGCUGCGCCGACAACAAGGUAUCUCUCUGGCAAGAGAACCUGCGUGGCGAGUGGGAAUGUGUCAAGUCAAUUGAGGAGUAA